AUGCUCGACGUGGAGGCUUUCGUGUCGAAACGUCCGGGACUGGUCGUGGCGCAGGAGGUGCCUGGUGCGGCGCAGCUACAGGAGCGCGCAGCUGGGGUUGUGCAGGUACAGGAUGUUCCUGCUGCGGUGCUGCGUGAUGAGCUCGCCGCUGGUGAUAUGCCGAUGCAGGCGGCGCUUGUGGCAACGACUCACCUUCAGGAUGAGGAGGCGUCUGAUGGAACAGAGGUCUCCAACGCACCGGAGAGGAUGAAUCUGCAUACGAUGGAGGAGGCGUACGGGCGGACCGAGCAUGCCCUGUUGACAGGUAGUGUGCUCGGAAACAGCGGGACUGGUCGCCCCGGUGAGGCGGGCUACAGGCCUGCUGAUCCCGCAAGCUAUGACGCAGCGGUCAACGGCACGGAGGGAGCACUCUGGAAAGAAAGCGUCAGCGACGAGAGAAAGUCGCUAUACAAACAUGACGUGUUCGACUGGUUGGAUCCGCCGAAGAACGCUAAACCGAUCCCGUCUAGGUUCCAUUUCGUAUGGAAGCACAAUCAGGACGGCGUGGCGGUUCGCGCGAAAACUCGUGUGGUGGUACAAGGCUUUUACGAAACUGAUACGGGGGCCGACAAGGCGCCGCCGGUGGCGUCCAUGGAAUCCGCACACAUGGUGUUACCAGUUGCUGCCCACAACCAUCUCGUCCUGAAGCAAGCGGAUAUCAAGACGGUAUUUCUACAUGCCAGAAUCCCCGAGGAGGCGGAGCCUACAUACAUCAUACCCNAGUCGCUAUACAAACAUGACGUGUUCGACUGGUUGGAUCCGCCGAAGAACGCUAAACCGAUCCCGUCUAGGUUCCAUUUCGUAUGGAAGCACAAUCAGGACGGCGUGGCGGUUCGCGCGAAAACUCGUGUGGUGGUACAAGGCUUUUACGAAACUGAUACGGGGGCCGACAAGGCGCCGCCGGUGGCGUCCAUGGAAUCCGCACACAUGGUGUUACCAGUUGCUGCCCACAACCAUCUCGUCCUGAAGCAAGCGGAUAUCAAGACGGUAUUUCUACAUGCCAGAAUCCCCGAGGAGGCGGAGCCUACAUACAUCAUACCCCCGAAGGGAAUCCCGUGUUCGCCGGGUCAAGCUAAACAAGUCUGGCUUCUCAAGGGCUGCGCCUCUCCCCGAAGGGAUGGAACGGUACUUUUCAUGUCUUUCUGCUGGAGCUUGGCUUUGUGCAGAGAGGCUUACACCAAGGCCGUACUGGCUAAGUUCAACAUGAUUGACGCGCACCCGACGAAGACGCUGGCUGAGGUUGGGCCGAUCACUACGGCGGAGGAUGAAGUGCUGUCGCCAGNCCCGAAGGGAAUCCCGUGUUCGCCGGGUCAAGCUAAACAAGUCUGGCUUCUCAAGGGCUGCGCCUCUCCCCGAAGGGAUGGAACGGUACUUUUCAUGUCUUUCUGCUGGAGCUUGGCUUUGUGCAGAGAGGCUUACACCAAGGCCGUACUGGCUAAGUUCAACAUGAUUGACGCGCACCCGACGAAGACGCUGGCUGAGGUUGGGCCGAUCACUACGGCGGAGGAUGAAGUGCUGUCGCCAGAGGACACCAAGAACUUCCGGUCGGCUACGGGUUCGGUUCCUUACCGUUGCAGGGGAACGACGCCGGACAUUGCACACUCAGUAUUGGUGCUUACCAGGAGCAUGCGAGGAUGCCGAGGAUGGAGCUACAAACUAACGGCGUAUGCUGACUCGGACUUCGAAGGUGACCUAGACGACCGGAAGUCGACUACGGGGAUCGUUCUAUUCCCAGCCGGUGGACCGGUGGACUGGAGGGCGACUAAACAACCGCUGGUGGCCGUCUCAUCGGUGGAGGCGGAGUACGUGGCGUUGUCCAAGGCUUACCAGCUCAUCAUCCCCUUCCGGCACCUACUGAAGACUAUAAACCGUGCCCAGAAGGAGGCAGCGGUGCUUUACGAGGAUAACUCCGGGGCUAUAGUGACUAGCCUUAGCUCCAAGAUCACGCCCAGGACCAAGCAUAUUGAUAUCAAGUAUCAUUACAUCAGGUCGCUGAUCCAGGAUGGAGUCGUAAAGGUCGAGAAGAUCGAGNGCGGUGCUUUACGAGGAUAA